CCAUCUCGCCUACUUGCCUCUCGCUCGCUCUCCUCCCCCCCUUCUGUGCCCUGCGUUCUCCGCUCCCUCUCCUCCCAUUGCCCCUUCUCAAUAGCCGCCCGAUCUCCCCCCAAUUCCCUUCGCCUCCGCCAUGCACUUCUCCGAUUGAUAUCGAUUGAUGACUCAACACAAGCGGCCCUUUUCCUGCAGCAGAAGCGGCGGCGGCGGCGGCGACGGUGGGACCACCACCACCAACAGCAACAGCAGCGGCGCAUCCGGAGGAUCCACCCUUCUCUCCCCCGAUUCAUCCUCCUCCAUGAAGAAGGCGAAGCCCCUGCCGGCGGCCGCUUGCUCCUUGGAAAAGGAGAAGAACGGCCUCCACCACCACUUCGACACCGCGGCGGCGGCGGCGGCCGUGGCUGCUCGACCUGGGAAGGAGGAAGACGCGAUGCUCGUGGACCAGGAGGAGCUGAAACCUGGGGCGUCCGUCCCCGUCGCUAUGACGGGGGUUGCUGCCAACCUGUCCAGGAAGAAGGCCACACCGCCGCAGCCGUCAGCCAAGAAGCAACUCGUCAUCAAAUUUGUUAAAGGUAAACCUUCAGUUCCUGCAAACUUUGAGGAGGAUACAUGGGCAACAUUGAAGUCUGCUAUUAAUGCUAUAUUUUUGAAGCGACGAGAUCCCUGUGACUCUGAAAAGCUCUAUCAGGCUGUCGAUGAUCUUUGCCUGCACAAGAUGGGAGGGAAUCUUUACCAGCGUGUACAGAGAGAAUGUGAAAUACAUAUAUCUAGGGCAUUGUCAUCAUUAGUUGGCCAGAGCCCUGAUUUGGUGGUAUUUUUGUCAUUGGUAGAGAAAUGCUGGCAGGAUUUUUGUGACCAGAUGUUAACAAUACGUGGUAUAGCUUUGGUUCUUGAUAGAACAUAUGUUAAGCAAACUCCAAAUGUUCGCUCGCUGUGGGACAUGGGAUUGCAGCUUUUCCGAAAGCAUCUUGCUUUAUCUUCAGAAGUAGAGCACAAAGUUGUCACAGGACUUCUGAGACUAAUUGAAAAGGAGAGACAAGGUGAAGCUAUUGAUAAGACCGUCCUAAGCCAUCUUUUAAAGAUGUUUACUGCACUUGGAAUUUACAUGGAGAGCUUUGAGAAACUCUUUCUUGAAUGCACUUCUGAGUUUUAUGCUGCUGAAGGUGUUAAAUAUAUGCAGCAGUCAGAUGUUCCAGAUUAUUUGAAACAUGUGGAGUCAAGGUUACACGAGGAGAAUGAAAGAUGCUUUCUAUAUUUGGAUGUGAAUACAAGGAAGCCACUUGUAGCAACUGCAGAAAAGCAACUUCUUGAGCGCCAUACAUCUGCAAUUCUUGACAAGGGAUUCACAAUGCUCAUGGAAGCCAAUCGUGUUGAUGACCUUCAAAGAAUGUAUACCCUUUUUCAAAGGGUUAAUGCUCUCGAGCUAAUAAGGCAAGCUCUUAGCUCAUAUAUUCGUGGUACUGGGCAAGUAAUUAUCAUGGAUGAAGAGAAAGACAAAGAUCUGGUUUCAUUUCUCCUAGAGUUUAAAGCAUCUCUUGACAAGAUAUUGGAAGAAAGUUUCUUCAAAAAUGAAGCUUUUUCAAAUACCAUAAAGGAUUCGUUUGAGCAUCUCAUUAAUCUUCGUCAGAAUAGACCAGCCGAAUUGAUUGCCAAGUUUGUGGACGAGAAGCUUCGUGCUGGCAACAAGGGUACAUCUGAAGAAGAGUUGGAGAGCAUGCUUGACAAAGUUUUGGUAUUAUUCAGAUUUAUACAAGGGAAAGAUGUUUUUGAGGCAUUUUACAAGAAAGAUCUUGCAAAGAGGCUGUUGUUGGGGAAGAGUGCAUCAAUAGAUGCUGAGAAGUCAAUGAUCACAAAGCUGAAAACCGAGUGUGGUAGUCAAUUUACAAAUAAACUCGAAGGGAUGUUUAAGGAUAUCGAGUUAUCCAAAGAAAUUAAUGACUCUUUUAAACAAUCGUCCCAAGCCAGGACAAAACUUCCAACUGGUAUCGAAAUGAGUGUUCAUGUCCUGACAACCGGGUAUUGGCCAACAUAUCCACCUAUGGAUGUCCGGCUUCCGCAUGAGCUGAAUGUUUAUCAGGAUAUAUUUAAAGAGUUCUAUUUGAGUAAGUACCAUGGGAGGCGUUUGAUGUGGCAAAGUUCAUUAGGUCACUGUGUUCUAAAAGCAGAAUUUCCGAGAGGUAAAAAAGAAUUAUCAGUAUCGUUAUUCCAGGCUGUUGUUUUAAUGCUUUUCAAUGACACUCAAAGGCUUAGUUUGCAAGAUAUUAAGGACUCUACUGGCAUUGAUGAUAGAGAGCUGAGGAGGACUUUACAGUCACUUGCAUGCGGCAAAGUUCGAGUUUUACAGAAGAUCCCAAAAGGAAGAGAGAUAGAAGAUGAGGAUUCUUUUGUAUUCAAUGAAGAAUUCACAGCUCCUCUGUAUCGUAUAAAGGUCAAUGCAAUCCAGAUGAAGGAGACAGUGGAGGAGAACACAAGCACCACUGAAAGAGUAUUCCAGGAUCGUCAGUAUCAGGUUGAUGCGGCUAUUGUGCGUAUUAUGAAGACGAGGAAAGUGCUAAGCCACACACUUUUGAUAACUGAACUAUUUCAGCAGCUUAAAUUUCCAAUAAAACCUGUGGACCUGAAGAAAAGGAUAGAGAGCCUGAUCGACAGGGAGUACUUGGACAGGGACAAGAACAAUCCCCAGAUUUACAACUAUCUGGCAUGAUCCAUCAUUUGGCCGGUUGUGUCUACGGUUAGGGAACUUUUCCUUUAGAAACAUGUUCGGGAGAGGCUUCUUUUACCAUAUCCCAAAUACCAACUUUGUACAGAAAACCGUCAUAUUUUCUUUUCUUUUCUUUUCUUUUUUUUUCGAUCAGCUGUGAUAACUUACUAGAAAUUAUCAUGUUCCAUUUCUUCUUUGGGAUUAAUCACUCCAGAAUAAUGAGGUGAUCCAUUUACAGUUUUGCAGCCUAUUUGGGGAGAAUAUACAGUUGUAUAUUGCAGAUGGAAUCCUUAGUAUCAA